GAAAGAAAAAAACACAAAAGGCGACAGACAAGACAAAAGAAUGUCCCAAACCCAAAUCUUCAUAUCCUCUCUCCCCCUCCUUCCGAUGUCUUCGUAUUAUUAACCCUUAUUUCGAUUUCUUGCUCAGUUCCCUUGUAAAAAGUUUGUGCUUUCUUCUGUGAUCAGUGUUCGAAUUCUAAUCUGAUUAGGGGUUUUCAUUGCCUAAUCGAUUCGGCGUUUGAAUUUGCCAAUCGGGAUUUCUCGAUUUCGUGGUGGGUUUUGAUUUUUGAAGCGAUCACGAAGAGGGUUGAUGGCGAAUUGACUAAAGGAAUCUGGGUUGAUGUUGUUCUAUACAAUAAAUGAAUCUCUGAAGGUCUCGUGAAUCUGAGGAUUGUCGUGGAGGGUAAUCUCUGAAGGUCUCGUGAAUCUGAGGAAGAGGAGAGGGUUGGUUUGAUAUAAUUGAUAUUUGGGGAAUUGAGGAAGAGAUGGGAGAGAAGAUGGAUCUUGUGAUUGGUGGGAGAUUUAAGCUUGGAAGGAAAAUUGGUAGUGGCUCCUUUGGAGAGCUUUAUCUAGGUGUAAAUGUCCAAACAGGAGAAGAAGUUGCUGUCAAGCUGGAAUCUGUGAAGACCAAGCAUCCUCAACUUCAUUAUGAGUCAAAGUUGUAUAUGCUGCUUCAAGGAGGGACUGGUCUUCCGAGCCUCAAGUGGUUUGGAGUUGAAGGUGACUACAGCGUAAUGGUUAUUGACCUUCUAGGUCCUAGUCUUGAAGAUUUGUUUAACUACUGCAACAGGAAGUUCACCUUGAAAACUGUUCUCAUGCUUGCCGACCAACUUCUUAACAGGGUCGAGUUUAUGCAUACUCGAGGUUUCCUUCACCGUGAUAUAAAGCCUGAUAAUUUUUUAAUGGGACUUGGACGCAGAGCUAAUCAGGUGUAUAUCAUUGAUUUCGGACUAGGGAAGAAAUACAGAGACCUUCAGACUCACAAACACAUUCCUUACAGAGAAAACAAAAAUCUGACUGGGACAGCUAGAUAUGCGAGUGUCAACACUCACCUUGGAGUUGAACAAAGUCGUAGGGAUGACUUGGAAUCACUUGGUUAUGUGCUUAUGUAUUUUCUCAAAGGAAGUUUACCAUGGCAGGGACUAAAAGCUGGGACAAAGAAGCAGAAAUAUGAUGUAAUAAGUGAGAAGAAAGUAUCAACUCCUAUUGAGGUGCUGUGUAGAAAUUGCCCCUCAGAAUUUGUUUCAUACUUCCACUACUGUCGAUCUUUACGGUUUGAUGACAAGCCUGAUUACUCUUACCUUAAGAGACUUUUCCGCGACUUGUUCAUAAGAGAAGGUUAUCAAUUCGAUUACGUAUUUGACUGGACAGUCUUAAAGUAUCCUCAAAUCGGUUCCAGCUCUGGUUCUAGCUCACGUACCAGGGUGAUUUUACUUUCUUUUCUUUUUUCUUCUAUGGCCUUUGAGUUUCUCUAUGCUUACCUAAAUGUAAAAAUAUUUGGGGUUGUACAGCAUCAAACAACCACGAAACCAGGAUUGAACACUGCUGGUCCUUCUACAAGUAGGCAAGAGAGGCACGCAGGAAAGGAAACAACCAGAGUGUCGGGUGCAGUGGAAGCCUUCUCCCGAAGACACCCAACAAACACUUCGACGCCACGUGAUCAUUCAAGAUCAAGAAACUCUGAUGACGGACCUUUCACUAAGCACAUUCAUGGAGAGUCUGGAAGAGGAAGCAGUUCGUCAAGACAGGGAACAUCAACAUCAAGGAAAGCAGUUGGUGGUGGUUCAAGCUCACGGCCAAGUUCAGCAGGGGGACCAAGUGGUAGCCGAGGUUCAAGUCGUCUGGUAUCAUCAAGCGGGGGUGGCAGUGGGAACGGGCGUCCAUCGAGCAGUCAGAGAGUCCAACCUGGAUAUGAAUCAAAGACUCUGUCUUUCGCUCGUGCAACGGCUUCAAGAAACGCUAGGGAAGAUCAGCUGAGAAGCUUCGAGCUUCUGUCUCUUCGCAAAUAAAGCAGGAGAGAGAGAGAGAGAGACUCCAUGAAAACUUAACCGAAAGGUUUCCAUAUACUUAAAAAAGAUCUUUACACAGGUGAUUUCAGCUUCAGCCUGGAGAGAUCUUUUGGCAGCACUCUUGCUCGUUUUGUAUAUUUUAAAUGGUGCGAUGUGUGGGAGACAAGAAGAGUCAAAAAAAAAACGUAGAAAGUUUCAAUUGUAAAAGAGGUGAACUUGUAUUCCUCCUAUAUAUACAUACCCGUGUCUGUCUUAUCAUUGUAAUAAACAAACAUAAAAAGACAAAAAUUGUACUUUUUUUUUUUAAAUAAUACCGAAGAGGCAAAAUCAUAGU